GUUUUCACAUAUCUUUCUCUCCAAAGAAGCAACAAUACUUUCUCUUAUUUCAUAAACUACAAGAGAAAUCUCUACAAAAAUAAAUCGAUAUCAUCUAUGAACUUAUCGCUAAUCUGUUGCUAAAUUGCUCGUAGCUAACAAAUUAUUUUGAUAAAUCCGUUGCCGAUCCAUCCCCAAAUCGGGUUAGCGAAGCAUCUUGCUGUUUAGCUAAAAAAAUUAUCUUCAGCCAAUUCUUGUUUUUUCAAUAGUGAAAAAUGAGGACUCCCUUUUUCUCAUCAUCAAAAUCUUCAUCACCUUCUUCACAUAAUUCUUCAUCUUCAUCCACCUCUCGUCAUAAUUUUUGUGAUAAUUUUUGUGAAUCUUUAAUGGAGGAAACAAUAGAAAACGCCGAAUCAAUUAUCAAAAAAUGGGAUCUCGAUGCAUCCUCUACAUCUACCUCUACCUUUUAUAACAGAGUCGCUAAUCUCUUUCGCGAUAAUCCUUUAGAAGCCAAGAACCUUCUUAACGCUGUUAACGACUUACAACAUGCUAUGCAGUUCGUUAUCAAAGACAGUUCAAACUCUAAACUCCUUGUUAAAGCUCAUAAUCUCAUGCAAAUUGCCAUUAAAAGACUUCAAAAAGAAUUCUACACCAUUUUAUCUGGAAGUCGCUACUUUCUUGAUCCUGAAACAAUAUCAUCAAGAUCCUCAAAAUCAUUUGAAGACGAAGUUCAUGAAGAUAAUAAUGAUAUUCAAACUAAGGUUUCGGAAGUUGUCUUGGACGAUUUGAAAUCUAUUGCUGACUGUAUGAUUAAAGCUGGUUACGGGAAAGAGUGCGUAAAAAUUUACAAGUUUAACCGAAAAUCAGUGAUCAACGAGACUUUAUAUUACUUGGGAAUUGAAAAAUUGAGCUCUUCAGAAAUACGGAAAAUGGACUGGGAAUUACUGGAGAUAAAAAUCAAGAAUUGGUUGAGUUCAGUGAAGAUUGCUGUAAUUACUUUGUUGCAUAGUGAAAGGAUUCUAUGUGAUUAUGUCUUUUCGGCCUCGGACAACAUUAGAAAAACAUGUUUUUCGGAGAUUGCUAAAGAUGGUGCUUUAAUUUUGUUCACGUUUCCCGAGAUGGUGACGAAAUACAAGAAAUUAUCAUUGGAGAAAAUGUUCAGAGUUUUGGACCUAUACGAUGCCGUUUGUGAUCUAUGGGUUGAACUCGAAAUGAUACUUGACUUAGAGUCAACGGCGAUAGUCAAAUCUCAGGCGAUGACGUCAUUGGUCAAGCUUGGUGAUGUCGCCAGAGCUAUGUUGUUGGAGUUUGAAAUGGCGGUUCAGAAAGAUUCGUCAAAGGCAGUGCCAGGUGGCGGAAUUCACCCGUUAACUCGAUACGUCAUGAACUAUCUUGUUUUCCUCAGCGAUUAUAGUGGGGCAAUAUCGAAAGUAAUAGUUGAGUCGCCAAUGUUAUUAAAAAUGUUGCCUGAGUCUUGCAACUUGAGUCCAACAUCGAGUGACGGGAAUGGGGACUCCCCGUCUUCCGCGGUCUUCGUACGGCUCGCAUGGCUGGUACUCGUCCUUCUAUGUAAACUCGAUGGUAAAGCACAACUAUAUAAGGACGUGGGAUUGUCAUAUUUGUUCCUAGCGAACAACUUAAACUACGUUGUUUUGAAGGUUCGGGAUUCGAACUUGAAGCUCCUACUUGGAUCCGAUUGGAUUUUGAAGCACGAAAUGAAGGUGAAAGAGUACAUGUCAAAGUACGAGAGGAUGGGGUGGGACAAAGUAGUUACAUCAAUGCCUGAGAAUUUGACGAAUGAAAUUUCAUCGAUAAAAGCGAAGGAUUGCUUCAACAAAUUCAAUUUGAGUUUCGAGGAAGUAUACCGGAAACAAAGUUCAUGGGUCAUACCUGACCCGAAACUACGAGACCAUAUUAAAAUAUCAUUGUCUAGUAAGAUUGUUCCUAUAUAUCGAGUGCUUUACGAGAUGUAUCAGGGAGAAUUGGUGAGAAAUGGCACCGGAAUGGAGUCAAUUGUCAGAUUUGCCCCCGAUGAUUUACAAAAUUACUUUUCGGAUUUAUUUCAUGGUGCUAGUAUUUCAGAUUCUAGUAUGGGAUGGAGCGGGUCAUCGUCGCCGUCCGUGUGGACGUCAACGUCAACGUCGUCGUCAUCAUCACAAGGCCGAUAAAUAAGUGUAUAUAAAUCUUUUAUGAGACAAGAGAGAAGAGUGUGUAGAUAAAACCAAUGAUUUAUUAAUUUGUAUGCAUUUGUUAGAGAAACAUUAUACUACAAAUAUUGAAUGGUACAGACUAAAAUUCAAUUGUUUAGUAAAGCUAUGCUAACUUGGUCCAUAUCACUUUGUCUUACAGAUUUGGGUGUUUUCGUUUGUUGUUUUAUUAUUGCAGUUUGGCCCGAUGGUUGCUAAUGGAUGAGUGGUUGACG